AAAUUGUUAUAGAAUAUAUAUUGUAUCGGGGAAAAUCAGACAACUGUUGGUUUCAGUUACAUGUACAGAGCCCCAGCGUCCAAACUGGAUCUUUCGAAUAUAUAAUAAAGACAUUUGCAAACAAUAAUCACAAAGUCAAGUUUACUGAGGAAACUUUGAAAUACUUACCAACUAAAAACAUCAGAGGAUAAUAUUAAGACCCAUAUAAGUUUAAAAAAGUCAAAAUGUAUUUAUUCACUAACAGUUUUGGAGGUUUGUUUAUGAAGUGGAAUUUAGAUGUUAUUUUAUUUUCCAAUAAAUGAAGUUGGACCCCAUUUAGGCUCCCAAAACUACAACGCUUUGUAGAGAAAGAUCAGAAUCAACAGAAAAUCUGAUUUGUUUUGGGAUAAUUAUAAACAAAUAUAAAAGAGAAUACGUCAAUCAAAAAGUUCUACGAUGUACUUGUAAAAAAGGACAUGAAUCUAAAAUCAAGGUUCAAAAAUUAAAAACUGUAAAAUAUAAUAAAUAAAAAUUAAGUAACCAAUCUGAUGAAAAGGGGAAAAAUUAGGACCAAAAGUGCAAAAAUUGAAUUCAAACAUUGGAGAUAAUAGACCCUCAAUUUUAAAAAUACAAAUAUUGAUAACAUGAGGCAUUUUGUAGUUUUUAAUAUGGACAGCGGGGGGCAGCAUCACCUCUGAGCGCGCGUGGUCCACCAUAGAAGAAGAAGAACGCUAGUUCAACUUUUUCCAACAUUUAGCUUCGGCUAAUUAGCAGGCUAACCGACCUGCGUGGAUUUUGGGUCCAAACCGCGACUGACCGUGGCUCGUCAAGGAUGUUCGGGUGUUUGGUCGCCGGCAGGCUCGUGCAGACGGACGCACUGCAGGUCGCCGCGGACAAGUUUGUGUUCAACCUGCCGGACUACGAGAACGUGAACCACGUGGUGGUGUUCAUGCUCGGUACGGUGCCGUUCCCCGCCGGCAUGGGCGGAGCCGUGUACUUCUCCUUCCCGGACCCGCUGAGCGGCGGCCCGGUGUGGCAGCUGCUCGGUUUCAUCACCAACGACAAGCCCAGCGCGAUCUUCAAGAUCUCCGGGCUGAAGGCCGGGAAGGGCGGGGCGCACCCCUUCGGCAUGAUGGCGGCGGCGCCGUCGUCGGUGGCGCAGCUCGGCGUGUCGGUGGAGACUCUCGAUCAGCUGGCCCAGCAGACGCCGGUGUCCAGCGCCGCGGUGUCCACCGUGGACUCCUUCAUGCAGUUCACGCAGAAGAUGAUGGAGAAUCUCUACAACUUCGCGGCGUCCUUCGCCGUCACGCAGGCGCAGAUGACGCCGAACCUCACGGAGACCUUCAUCCCGUCCAGCUGCAUGCUCAGGUGGUACGAGAACUUCCAAAGGAGGAUGGCACAGAACCCGAACUUCUGGAAAAGCUGAACAGGGUCUCAGUGGUCCAGAAUCCACCAGAACCAUCACCUCUUCCCCUCAUAACAGCUUCAGACUAAAAACCAGAGUGGGAGAAGAAGCUGCUUCAUCAUCUGAUCUGCUGGAAAGUUCGGGGUUUUACUGCACAGAACCAGAACUUCUGUCAAAUCUGAAACGGUGCUGGAUGAGUCCACCUGCUGCUACUAACACGCCCCACAUCCUGGGUUUGCUUUCGUCUAGAUUUUGAAGUGAUUGUGUGAAAAGAAGCCACUAAACUCUGUCGGAACCACUGCAGAACUGAGUCUGAAGCAGUUGGACCACAGUCAACGUCUAACGCUGCUUUUCCACUACUAUGAAGGACUGAGUUUGUCAACCAAACAAACUGCUUUUUACCUGUUUUUUUUUUCCUCUCUAUUCUGAAUGUUUGUCUGAAUAAAAACUUUACUGAUGUUUGC